CUGUCAUUGAUCCGUGAUGUCACAUUUUUAUCACAUUUCUUUCCUUUUAGUCUAAAUAUGUGUGUUUAAAGUUCAACAAGUCUAUCUUUAAAAUUUUCCGUAAUGUUUUUUUUAAUUUAUUAAAUCAUGUUAUUUUAAAUAUUGAAUAUACAAGUUUUGUGCAAACAUUUUUUGCUUAUAAAAGCAGUUGUCGUGUUAGUAUGCAAAUUACUGUUGCACCUUGUUGACUGCUUUAUUUUUUUGUCAUUGCAUUGACGUUUAUAGUUUAUCAGUCAUUCUAAAUAUUCACAUUGACAAUAACAAUGGCGUGGCUUGGAAAUAUUGCCAGCAAUAUGUUACGAAAUGUUUUCGUUGAAACUGCCGAAGAUGUUGUUUUAGAGGUUAGAUCAGAUCAGUACGGUAGUCGACAUGUACAUUGUCGUGAAGACGGAGUUGUUUUAUAUGAUCCUGGAGAAAAAUAUAAGGAUAAAUAUGAAAUUGUUCUUCAUAGACCUUGUACCGAAACGUUACAUCAGGCCUACAGUCUAUUUCGUUCUCAAAAUUUGAAAAUGACGGAGACAAGAUUUCUGAUUUUUAAAGAUAAAGUUCCAAUUCUUGUGCAGCUGUGCAGAGAGUUAAGCAACACGGGAAAAAUUCAGAGACUAUGCAGUACACUGGUGGAGCAUCCAACAUGGAAUUUGGCUCAUUUAGCAGCACAUCUAUUACUCUACGAAGCCUUCUCGCACGACAUUGUGAACAGUCAAUUAAAUAGCAGCGAUCCAGAAACAGGAGUUUCACCCCUUCAGGUAGCGAUACAGACAAAUAAUUUAAAAAUCGUACAAAUGCUAAUUGAAGCAAAAAGCUCUCUUGAACAUUUGGACAACAAUCGGAAUACUGUCUAUCAUUAUGCAGCAUCAUCGACAAAAGAUAUUAUAACCAUCUUGGGCUCAGGUCUUCCUAAUACAUUAAAUAGUAAAAAUAACGAGGGACAUACACCAAUGCAUGUUGCUUGUCGUAGCGAUAAACCGGAAUGUGUUAAAGCACUUUUAUUAAUUGGUGCUGAUGUCAAUAUUCCUGCUUCCGAAGGUCAGCCAUCGAGUCCCGGUUAUGUGGGUGAUUUUCUUCAUAAAAAGCCAAAUGUUCUUUAUCCAGAGGACAUGAAAUUUGGUGGUACUCCAUUACAUUGGUCAGUUAGUCGAGAAGUGAUAAAUGCUUUAAUUGAGAAGAAUUGUGAUAUUGAUGCACUUAAUUUUCAUGGUCGUACGGCUUUACACAUAAUGGUUCAACGAAAACGAUUAGAAUGUGUUGUGGCUCUUUUGAGUCAUAUGGCUAAUGUAAAUAUCACCGAUGAUGAGGGAGAUACACCAUUACAUAUUGCCGUUGCCGAAGCAACACCAGCGAUUGUUCAAAUUCUCAUUGGUUUUAUGGCUGAUUUAAAUGCAAAAAAUUGGCUAAAACAAACACCACGUCAUCGAGUGAAUCUCGAUAGUAAUGAUGGUAAUAAAAUUUUGUACAUUCUUCAUGCGGUAGGUGCUGAGCGUUGUGAUAAAAAUACAUUUGGUUGUCACAAUGGUUGUAAAUAUAAUGAGGAUUAUAAUGGUGUUGCUCCACCGGAACCACCGACAGCCGUUCCACGUACAAUUCUCGAUCAAAUGUUAUAUGUUGCAAGUAUGGAGAAAUUGGCGUCUAAAAAACGAACACCAUUGCGUGGUGGAAGAUUAUUGUGUCUUGAUGGAGGUGGAAUUCGAGGAUUGGUACUUGUACAAACUCUUCUUGAGGUGGAAUCGGUUCUUGGUAAACCGAUAGUUGCUUAUUUUGAUUGGAUCGCUGGUACAUCAACGGGUGGAAUUCUUGCUCUUGGUUUGGCAGCUGGUAAAAGUUUGAGAGAAUGUCAAGCACUUUAUUUUCGUUUAAAGGAGGAGGCAUUCGUUGGUAUGCGACCGUAUAAUAGUGAGCCAUUUGAGAAAAUUCUUAAAGAAUGUUUGGGUGCCGAACGUGUUAUGACAGAUAUUCAUGGUCUCAAAGUGAUGAUCACUGGUGUUCUUGCUGAUCGUAAACCAGUUGAUUUGCAUUUGUUUCGUAAUUAUGAUUCACCGAGUAUUUUAAUGGACGUGCCGACGAGUAUGAAAUUUAAAGAGACUCUUGAUCCAAAGGAACAAUUAUUGUGGAAAGCGGCUAGAGCAACUGGAGCGGCACCUUCGUAUUUUCGGGCGUUUGGAAGAUUUUUGGAUGGUGGAUUAAUUGCGAAUAAUCCAACACUUGAUGCAAUGACGGAAAUUUAUGAAUAUAAUUUGGCAUUAAAAGCGACUGGUAGGGAUGAUGAAAUUGUUCCAUUGUCGGUGGUUGUUUCAAUUGGAACGGGAUUAAUUCCUGUGACUCCCUUGACGGAAAUUGAUGUCUUUAAACCGGAAGGAUUGUGGGAUGCGGCAAAAUUGGCAAUGGGUGUUUCGACACUUGGACAUUUAUUGGUUGAUCAGGCUACUGCAAGCGAUGGACGAGUUGUUGAUCGUGCGAGAACAUGGUGUUCGAUGAUUGGAGUUCCUUAUUAUCGAUUUAAUCCUCAAUUAACGAAAGAAGUUGCCAUGGAUGAGAAAAGUGAUGUUAUUUUAGCUGAAAUGAUAUGGACUGCUAAGGCUUUUAUGCACGCUAAUAGGGAUCAAAUUAAAGAAUUAGCCGCUGUCAUGAAUUCAAUGGCUCAAGGCACGGAUUGAUGAUUGCUGAAUAGUGAACAUUUUUUUUUAAACAAGCAGGUUCAAUAUUUUAAUAAUUCAAAUAAUUAAUAAAUGCACAAACAUAAUUUUUUUUUUACCUAUUACGCUUUUGUAUUUUCUAUCAAGGAGGUGAGAAUAUCUUUGCAAUAAUUAAAUGAUAUUUGAUAGUAAAUUAA